AAGCACCAGCACCAUGGCUGCCCAGGGAGAGACCCAAGUCCAGUUCAAACUGGUGCUGGUUGGUGACGGCGGCACCAGGAAGACGAUGUUUGUGAAGCAUCACCUGACGGGGGAGUUCGAGAAAAAGUAUGUAGCCACCUUGGGCAUGGAAGUCCACCUGCUCGGGUUCCACACCAACAGGGGACCCAUCAAGUUCAACGUGUGGGACACGGCUGGCCAGAAGUUCGGCAGGCUGCGGGAAGGCUACUACAUCCAAGCCCAGUGUGCCAUUAUAAUGUUUGAUGUCAUGUCAAGGGUUACUUACAAGAAUGUGCCUAACUGUCAUAGAGAUCUGGUACGAGUGUGUGAGAACAUCCCCAUUGUGCUGUGUGGCAACAAAGUAGACAUUAAGGACAGGAAAGUUAAGGCAAAAUCUAUUGUCUUCCACCGAAAGAAGAAUCUUCAGUACUAUGACAUUUCUGCCAAAAGUAACUACAACUUUGAAAAGCCCUUCCUGUGGCUUGCUAGAAAACUAAUUGGAAACCCUAACUUGGAGUUUGUCGCCAUGUCUGCUCUCGCCCCGCCAGAGGUUGUCAUGGACCCAGCUUUGGCAGCAAAGUAUGAGCAUGAUCUAGAGGUUGCUCAGACAACUGCUCUCCCGGAUGAGGAUGAUGACCUGUGAGAACAUGCAGCUGGAGCCCAGCGUCAGAAGUCUAGUUUUAUAUGCAACUGUCCUGUGAUGUCAGUGGUGCAGCGCAUUUGCCACUUUAUUAUAUAGCUGAGCAGAGCGUGUGCUUAAUCUCUGAGAUGCUGAAGGAGAUGAAUGGGCUUCGGAGUGAAUGUGGCAGUUUAAAAAGUACCUUCAUUUUUUGGACCUGCAUAUUUAGCUGUUUUGGAAUGCAGUUGUUUCCUUCCUGAGUUUCAGAUAUGAGACUGCUGUAGUCCCGUAACAGUAUCUAGUGGUGAAAUCUUGUUUGUCACUGUCAUUCCCAUUCCUUUUCGUUUAGAAUCACAAUAAAGUUGUAUU